GACCCAGCGUCCUCUGGCUGCAGGUUGUGUACUGGGAUAUUUGUCCAAACUGGAGGACAUUCUUGUGAGACAGAAGUUAACAUGGAGCAACACCGGUCGGCAGUUUGUGCACUGAUUUUAGCACUCUGUGCAUUCGUGCACUUUGACAUUGCUGCAGGAGCUGCUGGCAAUCUAACUGUGAUUCUCCCAAAACCAGGCCAGUGCCCACGUCUCCUUAAUGUUGUCCCAUCACAUAAGGGGUGUACGUGUGAUGAAGACUGUCCUGCUGACCACAAAUGCUGUGUCUUUGACUGUGGAGCUGUCUGUGUCCCUCCUGCUUUCACCAAGCCAGGAGUGUGUCCUCGCAGGAACUGGGGCUCCGGAGCCUGUGCUGAAUUCUGCUCCAAUGACAGUGAUUGCCCCAAUGAUGAGAAGUGCUGCCACAAUGGAUGUGGACAUUCGUGCAUUGAACCAUACACAGUGAAGCGAGGUCGCUGUGCCCUUCCCAAGGGAACCCUCAUGUGUGCCGAGUACUGUUAUCACGACGGUCAGUGUCCAGGUGAGCAGAAGUGCUGCAAGACGACCUGUGGCCACGCCUGCAGCGAGCCCUGCUGAUUGGACAGCUCAGCCACAUUUAACCACGCGUUUGGUUUCUUUCAUGCAACGGCACAGAAAAUGUUCACUUUUUUUCUACCUUUUCAAUAGCAGCACACAGUUGGUACGAUAUUUGAGCUUUGGUUUGCACAAUGUUGGAUUCUUUGGAGGAGAAAGUAAAUAGUUUUCUUUUAAAGGGGACCUAUUAUGCUUUUGUGCUUUUUCCCUUUCCUUUAGUGUGUUAUAUAGUAUUUUGUGCAUGUAAAAAGGACUGCAAAGUUACAAAGUCCACGACAAAGGGAGUUACUCUCCCCC